AGUUUUUUUUUGAUUUAUAACGUUGAUUAAAUAGAAAUAUUUUGUCGUAUUUAUUGAAAAAUAAUCUAAAUAAACAAAUAUUGGAUUUUUAAAAAAUGUUCUUCUACCAAACACAAUCCAAUAGAUGACUUAUUUUUACCAAAAAAAAACAUUCAUAUAUCAAUGGAUGAUGUAUGAAAGUAUUCAACAUGACCUUUACAUUAUUUUCUCCUUUUUUUUCAACGAUCUUCGCUGUAAACUUUAUAGAUUUUCCAGCUUUUACAUACAGAAAAAAAACUAAUACACUUUCUAACAGCUAACUCUCAAUAGUAAUGUUAUUUUAUUUUAUUUUUAUUGUCAUAAGAUAAUCUCUAGAGAUUAUGAUUAGUUUUCGAAAUAAUAUUCAACUCGAAAAGUAUGUCAACUAGUACUCAUUUAGAAUAACAACGUUUUGCCUGUUACUGACGCAUGAUUGUCAUGUAGUUAGAAUAAAAUAUAUAUUGCUCUAUAAUUAUAUGUCAUUUUAAAAAGAUUUUAAACUAAUAUAUUGUUCAUUAAAUUCUUCAACAAAAAUUUGUUUUUGUCGUUCUUUUUUUUUGAAGGCUUGAGAUGUACGAAUAAUUAAUGCAAAUUUUAAUCAAACAAUUGCUACUCAUAUGUUUUGUCAGGUAUAUAUGAUAAAAUUGAACAAAAAAAAAAUUUCUUAUUUAUUUUCAAAGGAUAGUCAGCUCAUGAACAAGUGUUAUGGUUCUCGUUAUCAAUGGAUUAUUCUUGGUUAUCCAUCAUUAUCAACUUGGUGGAAUGAACCAACUGAUUGUUCAAUGCAAUAA